GUCAGCACUCAAAGAGAAAUGGAGAGUGCAGAGUUUGUUCCUCUCGAGCUCUCUCAGAGAGAGUCCUACCACGUUUUCUGCAGCUACAGCAGCACUGACUACCAGUGGACACACGCUCUCAUCCAGCAUCUGGAGGACAGGGGCCUGAGGGUGUGUGACCAUGAGAGAGACUUCACUGCGGGACGUCCUAUCUUGGAGAACUUGGCUGAAAGCAUUCAGCAGAGCCAGAAGGUGCUACUGAUCCUGAGCGCAGAGUUUGUGAGGAGCCGCUGGUGUCUAAUGGAGGACAACAUGUCCAUGUUCAGAGACUGUCUGCAGAGGAAGCCCAUAGUGCCAGUGCUGCUGCAGCGAGACCUGCAGGUCCCUCUGCACCUGGCUCACCUCACAUACCUGGAUGUCCAGCUGCCAGACUUCAGACAGCAGUUACUCCGAGUGCUGUGUACACCUAACCAGGAAAUGCAGAGCUCCACUGUGGUGUCCUACCAGCCCCCAUCCCUCUACAACGGCAAGAGCCUCGAGCCACUGUCUGCCAUAAAUCAAGAGCAGCUCAAUAAAGAUUAUUUUAAAGAGUUUGACUGUGGAGUGUGGAGCGACAGUGUACCUGACCAACUCAGCCAGGUCAUCCAGCACCCAGAGCGCUACAGAGAGGCCAUCAGGAUCAUCAACACUGUCGCCCAGACUAAAGUGAGGUUUGGGUCACUCUGGAAGAUAAUGGUGGCCAUACUUGUGCUAAUAUUAGUUGUUGGGGUCUACUACUUACUAAUAUCAUUAUUUAUUGGGUUGCCAUUCUGGGAAAAUGCACCAAAAGGAUUACAAACAGCAACAGCUGUGUUUUUAUUUCUAUCGGUAAUAUGGGUUAUAUACAAAGUGUAUGUCCUCUAUCAGAAUGAGAAAAAGCGUAUUGUGCGAGAGCUGCAAAAGGCCAUUGGUCAGGCCAACAGCAUUCUGUUUGAGGAGCACGUCCUGAUAGGCUCUCAGUCACCCUCUAAACUCCUCCUGGUUUAUGUGAGUGUGGAGGGCUGCAGAGAGGAGCUCAGUGCUCUGUCCCAGGACCAGGACUUCUUUCAUACAGCCAUAGUGGAGCACUCCUGUGGGUAUGCCUGCUGUCUCGCUAAACAGCUCCUCCCCUUUGAGACAACGCCCACCGAUGGUCACCUGGAGGGAGGCGUGUGCUUCUGUCAGUAUGUUAUAAACCAGAUGUUGAUAGGACAGACCAGGAGGUUUUGCUGCUGCAAGAUACCAGUAUCUGCUGUGUAGUAUGUUCUAUUUUUGUAAGCCAACAAUACAGUUGUUAUAAAAAAAAAAAAAAUGUUUGAUUUGAUUCUUUUAUUACCUGGACUAUUCAUGUGGACACCUUAUAGAUACAUAGUAGAACUUAUACCUAAGUGGUGAUUGUUUUUGCAAUUUCGGCACAAA